GCUUACGGCGAAAUCUAUCACACAUAUUGAGCUGGACGUUGGGCCCAGUGGACGCAAGCCUGAGAGUGUUGCUUCACUUCGUCCACUGCGAAAAUGCUUGCGUGCUCAACUCAGCAUCCAGCAUCGCGCUUGCGGUGCCCCAAGGGCACUCGCCGCGCGGUCGUGGUCUCUGCGGGCCCGAACCAAGCGACCGCACGCAACUCGGUUGUGACACGCCGUGCCACAGUCCUGGGUGGCCUUGCAACGCUGUUUCUGGGCCUCCCUCGGAACAGCGUUGCCAGUCCGGUCGAGGCGCCUGAGGCUACUACGGCCUCGCCGCCCUCUAAUGCGCCCGUUAAGGAUGUGAAGCAGCCUGCUGGGCCUUCAAGCGGCUCGUCGGGCGCUCCGCUUGGAACCAUUGGUGCAAUUGCUGCCAGCGGUGUUGCUGCGUUCUUCGGCCUGCAGCUGAACCAGCAGAAGCAGGAGGCUGCCACCGCUCAGUCCAAGGUAGCGGGCGCAGAGGCGGCUCGCGACAAGCUGAACGCGCAGGUGGCCACGCUGACGGCGCAGCUGGGCGCGGAGCAGGAGGCAGCGCGCGCGGCGGCAGGCAAGGCGCGGAAGGAGGUGGCGGCCAAGGAUGAGGAGCUGUCGCGGCGCCAGGCCGACCUGUCCCGCGCCACCCAGGAGGCGCGCGCCGCCGAGUCCCGCGCCAACGCCGCCGCGGCGCAGCUGGCCGCGGCGGAGGGCAAGCUGCGUGACGCCCGCGCCGAGCUGGACGUGCUGAGCGCCGCGGCCAAGGAGGCGGGCGACAAGGCCGCCGCCGCCACCACACGCGCGCAGCAGCUGUCCAUGGCGCUGGCUCGCGAGAAGGCGGAGGCGGAGAAGGCGCUGGGCGAGGCGCGGGCCAAGGCGGCUGCGGCGGUGAAGGCGCAGGCGGCGGCGGAGGAGGCGGGCAUGCGGGCGCGCACGGAGCUGGGCAAGGCGCGCAGCCGGGCCACCCGCCUGGAGUCCGAGCUGGCGGAGCGCACCGCCGCGCUGUCGGCUCUGGAGGCGUCCGCCGCCGCCGCCGCCGCACAGGCCGAGGCUCUGCGCGAGCAGCUGGGCGCCGCGGACGGCCGCCUGGCCUCAGCCAACAGCCGCGUGGCCGGCCUGGAGGCGGAGGCGGCGGCGGCGCGGGCGGAGCGCGGCCGCCUGGCGGAGGCGCUGGCGGCGGAGGAGCGCCGCGUCAAGGAGCAGCAGGCGGCUGCCGAGGCGGCUGCCCGCGACACCGCGGCGCUCAUGGAGCGGGCUGCGGCCCUGGAGGAGGAGCUCAGCCGCACCACCGAGCUGAUGCACGCAGCCAAGGCCGACCUGCACGCCGAGUCGGCUGCCUCCAAGGCGCUGCAGGCCCAGGUGGAGGCGCUGCAGGACAAGGUGGCGGCGGGCGCCACCCGGCUGGCGGCGGCGGAGAAGGCGGCGGCGGCGGCGGACAUGCGCGGCACCGAGCUCAGCCAGCAGGUGACUGACCUGCAGUCGGAGCUGGAGGCCACCCUGGCCAAGCUGCAGGCCGCGGAGGGUGCUCGCGCCGCUGCGGCUGCCGCCGCCACGGACGCCAACGACCGGGCUGAGGACAUGGGCCGCCAGAUGGACCGCCUGGCCGAGCACCUGGACAAGAACGAGGCGGAGCUGGAGACGGAGCGCUCCACCCGCCACGAGCUGCGCCGCGAGCUGGACGAGCUGUCGGAGGCGCACGCCAAGCUGGAGGCCACGGCGCGCGCGCUCAAGGGCAGCCAGGAGGCGGCGGCGCGGCAGCUGGUGGACAGCCAGGGGCAGCUGCGGGAGGCGGAGAGCCGCGCGGACAAGCAGCGCGAGAAGGCGCAGCACUACAAGCAGGAGGCUGAGCGGGCCGCCUCGGAGCUGGCCGCCCUGCGCACUGAGCUGGACGCCGCCCGGGCCGCGUCCAAGGCGGCAGACUCCAAGGUGGCUGAGCUGAGCGGCAUGCUGGCGGGCUGGGAGGCGCGCGGCAAGGAGCUGGACACCAAGGUCAAGGCGGCUGAGAACCGCGAGGCCGAGCUGGUGCGUGUGGCGGACACCUCCAAGACGGCGCUCACAAAGCUGGAGCAGAACGCCACCACCAUCCGCCGCGAGAUGGCCGAGUCGGAGAUGCGCGGUGUGGCGAUGCGGCAGGAGGUGGCCGAGCUCAAGGAGCAGCUGGACUCCGCCAAGGCCGAGCUGCAGGCCGCCAAGGCCGCCUCGGGCGCCGGCAGCCAGCAGCUGCAGCAGCAGGUCACCCACCUGCAGAACGAGCUGUCGGCCGCCCAGGCCGCGGCGGCUCAGGCCGAGGAGCUGCGGCAGCAGGUGGCGGCGCGCGACCGGCAGGUGGCGGAGCUGCAGCGCGCGCUCAAGCAGGCCGCCGCCGCCGCCAACGCCAACGGCGGCGCGCAGGGCGAGCUGGAGUUCAACAUCCCCGCCGCCGCCGCCUCGGCCUCCUCCGGGCCGGCCCCGGCGGGCUCCAAGGGCGACGCGCCCAAGCGCGCCCGCGCCACCACCGCCAAGAGCGCCUCGCGGCCCGCACCCGUGAUGAAGGCGGAGCCGGAGGCAGCGCCCGCCGCCGCCGCCGCCCCCGCGGCCGCGGCUGAGGCGGAGGCGCCCAAGCCGCGCCGCCGCGCCACGGCCAAGAGCGCCGGCCGCCCCGCGCCCGUCGCGCGCAUGACGGUCGUGGAGGCUGCCGCUGCGGCGGCGGCUGCCGCCAGCGCUGCGCCGGCCGCUGGUGCUCACGUCGCUGCGGCGGCGCCGGCGCCCUCCGUGGAGCCCAAGGCGCCCAAGCGGCAACGCCGGUCCACCAAAACCGCCAAGCCGGCGGCGGACUCGACGCAGCAGCAGGCGUAAGCAGUGGCUGGCAAACCAGGCCAGCGGAUGUACUUGGGCAUUGGCAGGAGCGACGUGAGUUUACGCGAAGGCUGCAAGCCUAAAAUAAAGGCUCUUGUGGUGUUAUGUCUUGCUUUAGAUGUGUCAUCGGCGUAGGUGGCUGAAGUCGUGGUCGAUUGGUCAAUUAGACUCGCCACCGACGCUAAGCGCCCAUCAACACGAGUAGCAAAGCUCCACUGGAGUAACAUUUGGGUGGACAUUACGGAUGGCACCAAAGGCUCGUACUCUUGAGCAGGCUUCCACACCGGAGCCCGCCGGGUACUGGCUCAACAGGCAGAGCUUAACGAACCCUGCCAGUAGCCGGAGCUCUUUCAGUUUUGGCCUCCUCAGCUUUAGUGUUUUGCAGGAUGUCGAGUCGAGGUGCGCAAGCUCCGCCUAAUGUGUGGGACUCACUUGUACAUGUUGUAUGGGUGUAAGGGUGCGGGGCGCGGGUAACUACGCGUGCGGCUGGGCAUAUGACGUGAGCGCACGUUGUUGUUGGUGUGCUCGGCAGCUCAACAACAAGGCUGGGUUUAGCGGCUGGCGUAGCCGCAUGCGCGGACUGGGAGUGGAAUGCUGUGACGAGACGAAGCCCAAACGGCGGAUUGAUGGUGUAGGGACUGAUACGGUGGCACGCGAGGCCGGCGAUGGAGCCGCAUCGACCAAAAAGCGUGUGGCCUUGGCCGGACUGCGUUGAGUGGGGAUUCUAUGGAUUCUAUGGUGUCCACAAGGAAAUAGGGUCACGCGUACACGUGGUAGGACAUGAAGCAUGGUUGCGUGUACCAGCGCCAGUGAGACGCUGCAGGGAGGCCUGUAACCGCUUUUAUUU